AAAAGCUGUGGACAUUAAUCAAUGGCGGGACGCGAGCGUCAUCUCCUUCUUCAUCGUCGUAUAACAAGUCGCGGAACCACUGGGGUCACACGUUAUUUUUUGUCUCUCUGCUUACGGCCCUCGAAUGCUUUCGUGGAUCGGAAGCAAAGCAACGGGCUGCGCGAGACGUUGUUUUAGCUUCGGCGAGGAUAACUCGGGGCUGCGUGGACUGGAUUUGUGAUGGUUCAGGCAAUCGCUGCCUCGUGUUCUCCGCUGAGUUCUCUGCCGCUCAAUGCCCGGCUCUCCCCGUUUAGGUGCUCCCAUCGUCGGAGCUGGCGGCCCGUCGAAGCUAGCCGGUCGACGUCCACCACGACAUGGAAGCAUUCGAUGUUCAUCGGCACGAGGCCUGUGUUGAAAGAGGGGGCUCUGAGCGUCGAUGGCAAGGACGUGUUGACGGAUGUGCCGGAGAACGUGGUGGUCACGCCGCUGACAAAUUCGUCCGCAUUCGUUGGAGCUACUUCGAAUGUGGAGGGCUCGAGACAUGUUUUUACGUUAGGAGUUAUUCAGGACAUUAGGCUACUGUGCCUUUUUAGAUUCAAGAUAUGGUGGAUGAUACCUCGAGUUGGUGUUUCGGGAAGUGACAUUCCAGUUGAAACUCAGAUGUUGCUGCUGGAAGUAAGGGAGGGAUCCGAUUUGGAACCGUCUGAUGAACCCAGUUACAUCCUCUUCUUGCCGGUGUUGGACGGCAAGUUUAGAAGCAGCUUGCAGGGGAACAUGGCGGAUGAACUCGAGCUAUGUAUAGAAAGCGGUGACCCAGCAAUAGUCACUUCAGAGUCCCGAAAAGCUGUUUUUGUCAAUUAUGGGGAAAAUCCAUUCGACCUGAUGAAGGAAUCAAUGAAGUUCUUGGAGAAGGAGUUAGGAACAUUUGCAGUCCGAGAAAGGAAGCAGAUGCCUGCAAUUUUGGAUUGGUUUGGUUGGUGCACCUGGGAUGCCUUUUACCAAGAGGUUAAUCCUAAAGGAAUCAGACAGGGGCUUAAAAGUUUAUCUGAUGGAGGCACCCCUGCAAAAUUUAUCAUAAUUGAUGAUGGGUGGCAAGAUACAAGUAAUGAGUUCCAAAAAGAAGGAGAGCCAUUUGUUGAAGGGUCAGAGUUUGGCGGCAGAUUAGUCAGCAUCAAAGAAAAUCAAAAGUUUCGAAGAAGUGAAAAUGGAUCUCUUAGCGAGGCGCCUACAGAUUUAAAGGAAUUUGUUUCAGACAUUAAGGGAACUUAUGGUCUUAAGUAUGUCUAUGUAUGGCAUGCUUUGAUGGGAUACUGGGGAGGCCUUCUUCCUGGAGCAGAAGCUACAAAAAAGUAUAAUCCAGUUUUAAAGUAUCCCAUGCAGUCACCAGGAAAUUUAGCAAAUAUGAGGGACCUAUCUUUGGAUGCUAUGGAGAAUUAUGGCGUAGGUGUAAUUGAUCCCGCUACAAUAUCUCAGUUCUAUGACGAUCUGCACAGCUACCUGGUUUCUCAGGGUGUGGAUGGAGUGAAGGUAGAUGUGCAGAACAUUCUGGAAACAGUAGCAACAGAUCUAGGAGGUCGUGUUUCCCUUACCAGACAAUUUCAAGAAGCCCUUGAGAAUUCCAUCACUGUGAAUUUCCAGGAUAACAGCAUCAUCAGCUGUAUGGGUCAGAGCACAGAUUCCAUUUACCAUUGUCAACAAAGUGCUAUAACACGAGCAUCUGAUGAUUAUUAUCCUCAAAAUCCGGCAACCCAGACUCUACACAUAGCUGCUGUGGCGUAUAAUAGCUUAUUUCUGGGAGAAGUAGUUGUUCCAGAUUGGGACAUGUUCUAUAGCCUCCAUGAUGCAGCUGAGUUCCACGCGGUAGCUCGAGCAGUGGGAGGAUGUCCUGUCUAUGUAAGCAGGAAUCCUAGGACCUCUUAUUCCAUAAUGGUUUUGCCCAAGAAGCCAUGUCCACCGUAUCCAGUUGAUAAACCUGGAAAUCAUGACUUCGAGAUACUUAAAAAGCUUGUGCUUCCUGAUGGGUCGGUGCUUAGAGCAAAAUACCCUGGCAGGCCAUCUCGGGAUUGCCUAUUUAUUGACCCAGUUAUGGAUGGGAAAAGUCUUCUGAAGAUUUGGAACAUGAACAACUGUACUGGUGUUCUUGGCAUUUUCAAUUGCCAAGGAGCAGGAAGCUGGCCUUGCACAGACAAGAAGGUCAUUGAGGAUGCUGCUUCCGAGAUAUCUGCGUCAGUUUCUCCAUCUGAUGUAGAGUUUUUGGAAGAGGUUACCGGGGGUUCAUGGACCGGAGAUUGUGCAAUCUUUUCCUUCAAGACUGGCUCUGUACACCGAUCGUCAGUGGAAGAGUCAAUGAAUGUCACCUUGAAGGUUUUAGAGUGCGACGUGUUAACCAUUUCUCCUAUCAAGGUGCACAAUCAGAAGGUGCAGUUUGCUCCGAUCGGAUUGAUAGACCUGUACAAUUCAGGUGGAGCCAUUCAAGCAGUUGAUAUUCGCAGCAAAUCUUCCACUUCUGGAAUCCACAUCAAAGGGAGAGGACCGGGCACAUUUGGAGCGUAUUCCAGCACAAGACCCAGGUCGUGCACUGUGAACUCAGAGGAGAGAGAGUUCGAAUUCAGAGAAGACAAGUUACUGAAAAUAAGUAUCCCUGCAAGAACUAGCUCAUGGGACAUUGUCAUCUCCUACUGAGGCCUUGCCUUUUGGUCUCACGGUCUAGGAAGCCUCAGAAGUACAGUCAUCACAGAUUCACACCCAUCUCAAAUUAGUAUAUACGGAUUCGUGCCAGCAACUAGAAACUUUGAAACAGAUGAUCGGAAUGACAGUCGUGGCGACGGUCCUAAUUUACAAAAUGAAACUCAUGGUGAUAUGGAGGAGAGGGAUUUUGUUUCAGUGAAUCAGAAGAAAGUAGAUAUUGCAUAUGAUGCAUUAGUCUAUACAGAAGUUAGUAAUUUACCUGCUCAUUGAAUGGAAAUGUCCAUAGUGAGGUCAUGCAAGCAUACAUCAGUGAGUGCCUUUUUCUUUUUUGGUUAAGAUCAUAUGAAUAUAGUCAUAUUAUAGUUAAUCAAGAUGUGAUUUUCUCUAGACCCUUUUUAUUGACCGAUGAUUAACUGAUGCAAGACCGGAUUCUAUUA